AUGGCGUCGGAAAACCAGCCGCCACCGUCCUACGAAGCAUCACAAAACGAGCAAAAUGGUCGAAUUCCGGACAAUUCGAACUUUGUGAUUUCGCGCGCCUCUCCAUACAACACGUCUCCAAUUGAAAUGGACUGCCCUUAUUGUCAGAACCACAUUGUAAGUCAUAUCGACAAAGUCGCCGGAAUUCUUCCAUGGGUUCUCUGCAUCGUUUGCGGUAUCGUCGGCCUGAUACUCUUCAUUUUACCGUGGUUCCUUUGCUGUGUUCCAUUCCUCCUUGACCCUUGUCUUGAUGUUGUCCAUACGUGCCCAGCCUGCAAACGCGUGCUCGGUCGGUACAACCGCGUGUAA